AUGCAAGGAAACUCAGGCGAGGACGACCCCACAGAAACCGCUCUUAUUGUAGGAGUGGCCACUGCCAUGUCUGGCGGCAUGAUACUGAUUGCUGGACUGACCCGUCUAGGGUUCUUGGACAACGUGCUCAGUCGACCGUUCUUGAGAGGAUUCAUCACUGCCAUUGGCUUUGUGAUUUUUGUAGACCAGCUUAUCCCAGAAUUGGGUCUGGCCGAGCAUGCCAAAGAAUCCGGUGUCAGCCAUGGCACCAGUGUUGAAAAACUUAUUUUCAUCUUUCGAUAUGCUCGAGAGUGCCAUGGACUAACUGCUAUCGUUUCGAUCGUCAGCUUUUCUGUUAUCAUGUUGUUCAGAACUUUGAAAAAGAUGAUUGUGCCUCGUAUCCCCCAAGUGAUUUAUUUCCCAGACCGCUUCCUGGUCGUUGCCCUGUCGGCGGUUCUGGCUUGGCACCUCGACUGGGAAGCUAAGGGCCUAGAAAUCCUUGGACCUACAGAGGUCGGCUCCGGAGGACUAUUCGCUUUCACUUGGCCUUUCCAGCCUGCGUAUAUGAAGCAUGUGCGCACAGCGUUGAGCAAAUCCUUUAUUAUCGCGCUACUUGGCUUCUUCGAGUCAUCUGUUGCGGCCAAGGGGCUCGGCGAAGGCAGUUCUGCUGGAAUCAAGGAUAUGCACAUGAGCGCCAAUCGUGAGAUGGUUGCACUAGGCGUUGCCAAUGUCGUCGGAGGUUGCUUUUCGGCUCUACCUGCAUUUGGCGGAUACGGGCGAAGUAAGCUUAGCUCGCAGACAGGAGCACGAUCACCUAUGGCUAGUGUUUUUCUGAGCAUCAUCACAUUCACAAGCAUCAUGGUGCUAUUGCCUUAUCUCUACUACCUCCCGAAAGCAGUGCUGUCCUCCAUGAUCUCCGUGGUAGCCUUCACUCUAGUGGAAGAAUGCCCGCAUGACCUACUCUUCUUCAUCCGCCUGCGGGGCUGGUCAGAGAUCGUCCUCAUGCUCCUUAUCUUCACAACAACAAUAUUCUACUCCCUAGAACUAGGUAUGGCGAUGGGAAUGGGCCUGUCAGUCAUAAUCCUCAUCCGACACGCAACAGCCCCCCGAAUCCAGAUCCUGGGCAAGGUCCUCGGUACGCCCGCGCGUUUCGACAACGCCGAACUGCACCCAGAAAACGUAGAGCUAGUCGAAGGCGCCCUGAUCGUCAAGAUCCCCGAACCCCUCACCUUCGCCAACACAGGCGAUCUCAAGAACCGCCUGCGACGUCUGGAACUGUACGGCUCCACACAUGCUCACCCUUCUCUGCCGCGCAUGCGCGCGCCGGAGCAUAAUAAGAAUAUUAUUUUCGAUGUUCAUGGCGUUACGAGUAUUGAUGGGUCUGGUACCCAGGUGCUCACGGAGAUUGUGCAUGCGUAUGCGGAGCAACGCGUCAGAGUGUUCUUCUGCCGUUUGCCCAAUAGGAGUGUCUUCCGCAUGUUUGAGCGGAGUGGUAUUGUUGAGACAUGUGGUGGAUUGACUCAUUUCGUGCCCAGUGUUGAUGAGGCGCUGCGGUUGGCGGAAUCCGAGAAUCAGACGCAGGAUAUAUAG